AUGAAUCGCGUGUUCUUUCGUGCCGCUCACACAGCGGCUGCUCGAAGAGCUCUCUUGGAGAAGAUCAUAAGAGUGGAUCACGCUGGCGAACUUGGAGCCGAUCGCAUUUAUGCUGGGCAAAUGGCUGUUCUUAAAGGUUCUCCUGUUGCUACUGUGGUGAAGAAAAUGUGGGAUCAAGAAAAGGAACACCUAGACAUCAUGGAGAGGCUUGCUGCGAAACAUGAAGUCCCGCUCACAGUUUUCACGCCAAUUUUCAGCCUCGCCGCUUAUGCUUUAGGUACGGUGCUGGCACCGCCUUACUUGGCAAGGAAGGGAGCCAUGGCAUGUACGGUUGCUGUAGAAGAAGUAAUCGGGCAGCAUUACAAUGACCAAUUGAAGGAAUUAAUUGCCGACGACCCGGAAGCUCACAAAGAUCUCCUCGAUACAUUGACGAAACUGCGUAAUGAUGAACUAGAACAUCAUGAUACUGGAAUCAAACACGACGGACCCAAGGCACCGAUGUACGACGUUCUGAAAUGGGUGAUUCAAACCGGUUGUAAAGGCGCAAUUUUCAUUGCAGAAAAGAUUUGA